GCAGCAGAUGAAAUGUCUAGUUCCAUUGACUAGAACUGGUUGUGUUGAUCGAGAAGCGCAUGCAUGGACAUGAGCAGUGCGGAUACAGCUUCCACUAAACUGCUGAGUUUCACACAACGUUCUGCCUCCGAAGACCUGGGCUGUCGGCGUGGGGAGUUCAGCAGGAAACACUAUGGUUCUGUGGAGCUGCUUAUUUCCAGUGAUGCGGAUGGAGCCAUACAGAGAGCAGGAAGAUUCCGGGUGGAAAAUGGAUCAAGUGACGAGACCACUGACUACACACCAGGAACAUGGCACCGAACUGAUGUGCAUUUGGAGAACCCAGAAUAUCACACCAGAUGGUAUUUCAAAUAUUUUCUAGGAAAAGUUCAUCAGAAUUAUGUAGGUACAGACACAGAAAGGAAUCCUUUCUUUCUUUCAGUUGUCCUUUCUGACCAAAACAAUCAACGUGUACCACAGUACCGCGCAAUUCUCUGGAAAAAAACAGGUACACAGAAAAUAUGCCUUCCUUAUAGCCCUACAAAAACACUUUCUGUCAAAUCUAUUUUAAGUGCCAUGAACAUUGAUAAAUUUGAAAAGGGGCCCAGGGAAAUUUUUAAUGCAGAAAUACAAAAGGACUUACUGGUGUUAGAAGAACAGGAGGGGUCGGUGAAUUUUAAAUUUGGAGUUCUGUAUGCUAAAGACGGACAACUGACAGACGAUGAAAUGUUUAGCAAUGAAACUGGGAGUGAAAGUUUUCAGAAGUUUCUGAAUCUCAUGGGUGAAACAAUUACAUUGAGGGGCUGGAUUGGGUACAGAGGAGGACUUGACACUAAAAAUGACACGACAGGAAUACAUUCCAUAUACACUGUAUAUCAAGGACACGAGAUAAUGUUUCAUGUCUCCACAAUGUUGCCGUACUCUAAAGAAAACAAGCAACAGGUGGAAAGGAAACGCCAUAUUGGGAAUGACAUUGUAACCAUCGUAUUCCAAGAAGGAGAGGAAUCAUCACUGUCCUUCAAACCAUCGAUGAUUCGUUCCCAUUUCACACAUAUCUUUGCCUUAGUCCGAUAUAACAAGCAAAAUGAUAGUUAUCGGCUCAAGAUAUUUUCUGAAGAAAGUGUACCACUGUUUGGACCUCCUCUCCCUUCUCCACCAGUGUUUACAGAUCAUCAUGAGUUCAGGGACUUUGUUUUAGUUAAAUUAAUAAAUGGAGAGAAAGCGACCCUGGAAACCCCAACAUUUGCUCAGAAACGUCAGCGUACCUUGGAUAUGUUGAUACGAUCUCUGUAUCAAGAUCUCAUACCAGACUUGCAUAAGGAAAUGAAUGAAAUCCAACUAGGCUGGAUAACAAAUAUGUUAAAUAGGAGGUCGUUCAGCGAUGUGCUGCCAGAAUCACCCAAAUCAGCACGGAAAAAAGAAGAAGCACGCCAAGCAGAAUUUGUCAGAGUGGGCCAGGCCCUCAAGCUGAAAACAAUCGUCAGAGGAGACGCUCCCACUAGUUUGGUAACCACUGGCCUGUACAGGAAAGAGGAUGACCUGGAUGAGUUUAGCAGAUCCUUGGUUCAUUUUCCAGCCAGCAGCACAUUGGAUGAAGGAGUAAAGACUUUUACUUGGUCAAAAAGAAGGAACAAUCCCUGGGAGCCUCAGUGUUUCUGCAGUAAUUUCCCCUUCGAAAUCAUCUGCAGUGAUUCCUGGGGACAGUCGUUACUAAUCUCCACAGACGCUGGAGUAUUGUUGUUAGACGAGGGGCAGACCCCAGUGCCGGUCUUUGACAGGACGUUGCCAGUGAAACAGAUGGACAUCUUGGAAACUCAGGACCUCUUGCUCACCAGAUCUGACAAAGGGAAAGAUGCACGUCUGUUCGUCUUUAGACUGAGCGCAAUCAAGAAAGCUCUGGAGGAAAAGCAACUGGUGAGGAGCAAAUCCGAUUGCAAGGACAACAAGCUUGAAAAAACAAAAGGCUGCCAUUUGUACGCCAUCAACACGCAUCAUGGCACUGAGCUGCGGAUUGUCACAGCCAUUCGGAACAAGCUGCUGCUCAUUACGAAGAAAAAUCUCAACAGCUUUCCAAGCCUGCAAACAUCUGCAGAAUCACCUGUUGAGGAAUUCCAGUACAUCAGGGAAAUAUGCUUGUCUGACCCACCCGUCGUAAUGACCCUUGUGGAUGGACCCACUGGAGAAAAUGACAACCUAAUCUGUGUUGCAUACCGCCAUCAGUUUGACUUAGUGAACGAGAGCACGGGGGAAUCCUACAGGUUGCACCAUGUUGAUGCAAGUAAGGUUAAUUUUGUUGCAGCUAUUGAUGUGUAUGAAGAUGGUGAAGCAGGACUAUUACUCUGUUAUAACUAUGUCUGUUACUACAAAAAGGUGUGUCCCUUUAAUGGUGGUUCUCCAUUGAUCCAGCCUUCAGCUUCAGAUUUCCAUUUCAGCUGGAAUCAGGUUCCUAAUGCUAUAGUCUGUGUGUUUCCUUAUAUUUUGGCCUUCACUACUGAUUCCAUUGAGAUUCGCCUGGUAGUGAAUGGAAACCUCGUUCACACAGCUGUAAUGCUUGACCUUCAUCUCACAGCAUCACAGUCAGAUAUUUAUUUUACGUCUGCUGCGGCAUCAGUGAAUGCAGCCUCUAGUGGCAGCUCAAAGGAAACAAGCUCACACAGUUCUCCACAAACUCCAACAGGACAGGAGAUGCCUGUGCUCCCCUCAUCUCCAGGUGAAGGUGAAAUUCAGUGGAAGCACAUCUAUAAGAUUCCUCUCAGUAACCUCGUUGGAAGGAGCAUUGAGCGGCCUCUGAAGUCACCGCUGGUUGCCAAGGUUAUUACCACCCCUACAUCCAGCGGAAUUGCAGCAAUGCCAGUAGCCCAUUCGCUUUCACUUUCCCGCAUGGAGAUCAAAGAGAUUGCAUGCAGAACACGCAAAGAGUUGCUGGGCUUGACAACUGAAUCAACUACAACCAAAUUUGACACUGCUCCAAAGCAGAAAAAAUGGGCCCGGAAAGGAGUGGAUGAAGAGCUCAGGAAAGGUGCUGUGAGAUCGACAAGCAGCGACAGGAUUCUAGCGGAGAUAAUUGACACUGAGGCGGAAACCCAGCGUCAUUUAUCCACCAGCUCCGACCCAGACACAGCAGCAAACAGAGAAGAGAGCCCACCAGCCAGCAGCGCAUUUCAUCUGAAUGCUUCUUUUGAUGAAGAGAUUCUGGACUUGAAGUGAUAACCGGGAGACUGUUGUAUUUUUUUUUUGUUUAAAGACCCUUCAUUUUCCCUCCUGACAAAUCGGUAACCAUAGCAACCUACCCAAAAUGUAUAGUGCAUGUCUGCUCAGUUCUGUUAUUGCUGUUGCACUUCGAAAGACCUCUGUCCUCCUAUUUAAUGUGAAUUUCACACAUUUAAUAUGAGUCUUGACUAAAAGUUUUGGAAUAUUUUUGCAGAUGAUUUAACUUCUUAUUAUUUAUUACCACAUAUUUAUCUCGUUGAAUGGAAGAACUUUGUUGGCUGAGGUUUGUACAUUUUGUUUCGUCGGCCUAAUGUUUGGUUUUGAAUCCUUGGCCUCUUAGCAGUGGUUUUGUACUCAAUGAAUAUGUACUGUCAAAACUGUUGCUGGACCUCUGUGAUGGGAAAAAAAAACACCAACUGUCUUAAAAUAUUGUAUUGCCAUUGUUUUUAAUGCCAAGAAUUAAAUGUAAAUGUUUUGUGUUUCAAAUGUUGCCUCUAAAAUUACUGAAUUCGUACCUACAAAAAUAUCUAUUUUCAGUGCUAUAGUGCACUGCUGUGAAAGUAGAUUAUAAUUCUGUUAAUUAAUAUGAAAUGAAUAUUAUGGGAUAUAAAAUGUGUUUUUCUUUACAACUUAAAAUAUAUUCAUUUCACCUGAUAAGUAAAUAUUUUUGUUAAGUGAAUGGAAAUUUAAAAAAAUGAAAAAGCAUUUUCUGGCUAAUCUUAAUGUAUUUACUCCAGAGGUGAUCUUCAGGGGCAGUCUUUGUGA